AUGACCAUGUGGACUGUAUGUGGUGCUGCCGUUAUUGGAUAUGGCUUGGCCCGACUGGGUGCUAGUGCCUUCCAAGAACUUCGCAAUGCUGUAUUUGCUGCUGUGGCUCAAAAGGCCAUCCGUAGAGUCGCUUUAAACGUAUUUUCUCAUUUACAUCGCUUGGAUCUCGGAUUCCAUCUUAGUCGUCAAACGGGAGGUCUGAAUCGCGCCAUUGAUCGUGGUACAAAAGGCAUCAGUUUCAUGGUAAGCUCCAUGGUGUUUCAUGUAUUACCCACGGCUCUUGAAAUUUCGAUGGUUUGCGGUAUUUUGUCAUGGAAAUUUGGAACAUCGUACGCUCUUGUCACGCUUGGUACCAUCGUCACCUAUACAGCGUUCACGGUUAUGACAACCGCUUGGAGAACGCAAUUUCGAAAGCAAGCCAACGCAGCUGAUAACGUAGCAGCGUCCAAAGCUGUGGAUUCCUUGAUCAACUUUGAAGCCGUGAAGUAUUUUAACAAUGAGAAAUUCGAAGCUCAGCAAUACGAUAAGCCGUUGCAAGACUACGAAAAAGCGUCUCUGAAAGUUGCGUCUAGUCUCGCGUUAUUGAACGCCGGUCAAAACGCCAUUUUCAGUACCUCGCUUACUAUUAUGAUGUUGCUGUCUGCGAAUGGUGUUAUGAAAGGCACCAUGACUGUCGGUGAUGUUGUCAUGGUGAAUCAGCUGGUGUUUCAGCUUUCAAUGCCUCUGAAUUUCUUGGGUUCGGUGUAUAGAGAACUUCGUCAAUCUCUGAUUGAUAUGGAUACCUUGUUCAAUUUGGAAAAUCAGAAGCCUCUCGUGGAAGAUGCACCCGAUGCUAAAGAAUUCGUUUUCAAAGGGGGAGAAAUUCGUUUCGAGAAUGUGGUUUUUGGCUAUCAUCCACAACGCCCUAUUCUCAACGGUGCCAGCUUCACUAUCGCACCUGGUAAAAAGGCGGCAUUUGUAGGCCCUAGCGGUUGCGGAAAAUCCACCAUUUUGCGCUUGCUUUUCCGAUUCUAUGAGCCGCAGUCUGGUAAUAUUUAUAUCGACGGUCAGAACAUCAAGCACGUCACCCUCGACAGUCUUCGCCGUGCUAUUGGUGUGGUGCCGCAAGAUACUAGCUUGUUCAACAAUACUAUUUAUUACAACGUGCAUUACGGUCGCAUCGACGCUUCUCGUGAAGAGGUCUUUGAAGCAGCCAAACGUGCUCGCAUUCACGAUGUAGUCAUGUCCCUACCCGAUAAAUACGAAACAAAAGUAGGAGAGCGUGGAUUGAUGCUGUCAGGCGGUGAAAAGCAGCGUAUCUCUUUGGCUCGCACAAUCCUGAAGAAACCGCGUAUUCUAUUCCUCGAUGAAGCUACUUCUGCCCUUGAUACACAUACCGAACAAUCAUUACUUGCUAAUUUCCGUUCCAUCUUGCGUGAUACACAGAUGACCAGCUUGCAUAUUGCUCACCGAUUACGAACCAUUGCGGAUGCUGACACCAUCUUUGUUCUGCGAUCGGGUCAGAUUGCCGAGUCCGGCACUCAUGAAGAAUUGCUUCAAAAGCCGGAUGGUCUGUAUCAAGAAAUGUGGAUAAAGCAGGAAAGCACAGACGCCUAUCUGUCGCAAGUUGAAAACGAAGCCGAGUUUUUGUCGGACGAAGAAGUUGAAUAUAGACCACGGGAUCAUCGAGAACGUCGAGAUCGUUAA